AAGUUCGUUAAGGUCGCAAAAAACAGGUGGAUUUGGUCCUGCGGAUUGCGUGCAGCGUGCAGACAACAAUGGCUUAUGGCACGUACGAGCAGCUUUGGGAUGUUUCCCACGAAUAUUUGGAGAAACAUGUGGCCUUCGUGAAUUCUCUGACCAGUUUAAUGCUAGAGCGGGCAAGGCAGCUCCGGUCGCAGCUAUUUAGUGCUGAGUCGACUAAACGUGACACCUUCGUAGAGGACUUCGAGGCAGCCCACGAUAAGCUGCAAAGCAUGGGCAAAUCAUUGCAAAUCGUCGUCAACGAUUGGAAGCGAUUGUUUGCGGAUCAAUGUUCUGUCUUGGACACGAAACCGGCGCAAAACCCGCUUCCAGCCGAUACGUACUUCUCGUUCGGCUUCAUCGCACCAACGCUUGACUAUCAUGCUGGGCAAAAAGUACAGCUGCUUGUCACAUACAUUCCGUCCCCUGCUGACGGUACCUUCUAUGCGUUGGAUGAUUCGCGAAAGGAUGUCAUUAGGAACAGUUUAACGAUACUGCAACAAAUGCCAAAGGAAUUGCUCACCAAAGCACCGCCCGCUGGUGCGGUGUUUGCCGUAUAUCUGGAUAAUGUCUGGCAUCGCGCCAUUUGCAAUAUGCCAGCGGCUGGCAGUGGCACGGCAGAGCUCUAUUUGCUGGAUAUGGGCGAAACACUUGCCUACAGUGAUCAUCUUCCUAAAGCGAAACUGCCGUCCGACCUGUGUCAGUUGCCGGCGUAUGCGAUCAAGUGCAAAGUAAGCUUUACGGCUGCCGCAUUGCCGCUGAGUCUGUACUACAGUGUGUCCUGUAGUGUGGUUGCGGUUGAAAACGAUACUCUAAUAGUGGAGCAUGCUGAACCUUCGCGCGAAGAGUACGCCAUUAGCAGAGAUACGCUCACGGUCGAGGAACUGCAAGAAAUGGACGAAAUGCCGCUCAGCACUUCGAAUCCGAUGAAAGCGGUACUGGGAUACGUACCGAAGGACGACGAUCGACUGUGCAAGCACUAUGAUCCGGAAACGAAACGCUGCUUCAAGGGAAGCAACUGCCGCUUAAGACAUGCGCCAAAGGAUCCGGAUGGAUGGACGCUCGAUAAGGACACGGUAACUGUGUCGGUUCCGGCACGGAUGGAAGUGCCGCAGACAAAUACCUACAUACAGCUGCUUCCUACCUGUGUGGUCGAUGUGGAUCAGUUUUACGCUCACAUCAUUGGGAACGAGCGCAACGACAAGGACUACGAGCAGCUGAUGGCGGAAAUGAACGAUCCAGAAACGGUAGCAAAUUUCAAACCCUUCAAAUUAAUGCCCUCCCUCGGCGAACUGGUGAUUGCUAAGUACGAUGGCAUUUGGUACCGUGCAACAGUUUGCGACGUGUUCGACGAUAUGGUGAACGUGUUUUACUUCGACUACGGCAAUACGGCUACCGUUGGGUCGAGCGAAGUGCGACGCUGGGAGGAUCGCUUUAAGUAUCUACCGUACCAGGCAGCGUGCUGCCGUAUCGCCAACAUACAGCGCAUCAAACCGUGCCACCUGGAGGCUAUCGAUCAGCUGUACAAAUCCAUUCUGGACAAACCGAUGAAGGCGUUGGUUAUCGACAACAAACACCCCUGGGAAGUAAAACUCUUUGACGAAGAUGAUUUCGACAUCGGAGAAGGAUUGAUUAUGGCCAAAUUGGCGCUUCCCAGGACUCCGGGGAAAUUCGAUCAAAACGCAGCCAUCCCGGGAUAGUUCGCCCGCGCGCUCUCUUAUCCAGCUCACCAGCAAGUAUCUUUGACCAGCGGAGAUUAAGUGAUCUCUAAACUUAGUUAAUUGAAUUUUGUAAUGACGGAUGAACUUUUUAUUUCAAACACAUAUGCACUGCUAAUUAUGCCCAUUAAAUGAUGGCGUACUGUU